AGCUCUUUUUGCUUUUAGCUGCUUCUGAAUUUAUCAUUGUGAGAAAUGUUCAUAGCCGUUGUUUUUUGCCUCCAUUCGUAAAAUACCAACUGUGUUCUAAGGUGUUUGACUAAAACCUGCUCGCUCAUCGUUGAUAUAAGUGAACUGGCACAUUUAUCCGGCUCGGUAGCGAGCCCGCGCACCACUCGACACGUUGCUGUCGUCAUCGGCACCGAUAGGAAGUAACGACCGUUUGCCUGAGAAACAAGGCGAAGGGAAGCGACGCCGAUAAUGACAUCUGUGGUGCUGGAAGCCGCUGGCAGCAGGUGAAGAUCCAAGAUCUGAGGUCACUCCAGGCCUCCGUCCUCCAUGCCUGCCUCUCCAGGCUACACCCGACUGGAGCAGAAUGAGCCUAUGAGCCCUCUGCGUAUCUCCGUAGGAGGCCUUCCCAUGCUGGCUUCCAUGGCCAACCCCACCGACCCCCGGUUUCGCCUCAAGUGGAGGCCCAUCGUGGCCGUGGCCGUCUCCCUGGCCCUGGUUCUGCUGGUCUUCAUGCACUUCGGCUCGGGCCGCUCGUACAGCUCGCAGGCCUGGAGAGCCUGUCGCGGCGGCACGGCCAGGGACAGCGAUUCGCAGUACAACGACACCUACCCUCUAACGCCGCCCGAGCGCACCCCGCAGGGGAUGCGCUACCGCAUCGGGGUCAUCGCGGACCUGGACACGAACUCUCUCAGCGAGAAGAAGAUGACGUGGUUCAGCUACAUGCGGAGGGGGUACCUGCUGGUGUCGCAGAGUGGGGAUAAGGUGGCGGUUGAAUGGGACGCGGACAAGGUGUUGUUGGAGAGCCACCUGUCAGAAAAGGGGAGGGGCAUGGAGCUGUCUGACUUGGUGGUGUUCAACGGGAAGCUCUACUCCGUGGACGACAGAACGGGCGUCAUCUACAAUAUAGACGGAGACAAGGCUGUGCCCUGGGUUAUCUUGCCCGAUGGAGAUGGGAGUGUUGCCAAAGGUUUUAAGGCUGAGUGGCUGGCAGUAAAGGACGAACACCUGUACGUUGGGGGGCUGGGGAAGGAGUGGACGACCACAGAGGGCGUGUUUGUCAACAACAACCCAGAGUGGGUGAAAGUGGUGGGCUUCAGGGGGGACGUGCAGCAUGAGAACUGGGUUCCCAGGUACAAAUCCAUGAAGUUAGCAGCGGGAAUUGACCCACCAGGGUAUUUUAUACACGAGUCGGCCGCCUGGAGCGACACCCUGCAGCGCUGGUUCUUCCUCCCUCGCCGCGCCAGCAAAGAGCGCUACGAGGAGACGGCGGACGAGCGCCGCGGCACCAACCUCGUCCUGAGCUGCUCGGCGGAUUUCAAGGACAUCAAAGUGACCCAGGCGGGGCCGCUCCUCCCCACUCACGGCUUCUCCUCGUUCAAGUUCAUCCCCAACACGGAUGACCAGAUCAUCCUGGCCCUCAAGUCGGAGGAAGACGCGGGAAAGAUUGCGACGUACAUCACGGCCUUCACUCUCGACGGACGCAUCCUCUUACCCGAGUCUAAGAUCGGGGAUGUGAAAUAUGAAGGUAUAGAGUUCAUAUAGAAGGCUCAAAGAUGGAGAUCCUUCUUCUUCAGGCCACUGCACUGUGGUUCAGUUUCGUUUACAAUCCAGUGACUGUUGGAUGCACCUCACUUGCUGCUUCCUGGGAACCCAUCAGUUCAAGGCCUUACAGCCGGUCUUCACAGCAGACAGACACUUAGUCUGCAAAAUCUGGUCGUCUUGUGGGUUCGGAGGUUGCGUAAGACCAUUCAAGCACUGUCAGCUUGUGUUCUGGAAGGUGAAAUGUGGCUUUUGACAGUACUGUAGCCUUUCUUGUAAUGAAUGUACGCAUAGAAUUGGUUUAUGAAACUGUGAGUUACUAUUUUUAUUUUUUUUUCAGUAAGUGAUGCAGAUUCAUGCACAUGUUGUACACUCUGAACGUUAUUAUUUUCUCUCCUUUGCUCUGAUGUAAACACUCUUGACACAUUGUCCUCAACAUCAUCUGAUGGAUGUUUUUAUAAAACUGGAAUUCUGCUGUA